CGCGGCGCUGGCGGGCCGGGCUAUAUAAAGGCGGCGGGAAGGGCGGGGCGGCAGUCCUCGGGCGGUGCUCGCUGGGGUCUGCAGUGCGUCCGCCGCUCUCCGGCUGCCGCGGGAACAUGGCGACGCUGAAGGCCGUGUGUGUGAUGAAGGGGGACGGCCCCGUGCAGGGUGUCAUCCACUUCCAGCAGCAGGGUAAUGGACCAGUGAAAAUCAGUGGAAAAAUCAGUGGCUUGGCUGAUGGAGAGCAUGGCUUUCAUGUCCAUGAAUUUGGUGACAACACAAAUGGAUGUGUCAGUGCAGGUCCUCACUUCAAUCCUGAGGGCAAGCAGCAUGGUGGACCAACUGAUGCGGAAAGGCACGUGGGAGACCUUGGCAAUGUGACUGCUAAAGGAGGAGUGGCAGAAGUGGAAAUAGAAGAUUCAGUCAUUUCUCUCAGUGGACCACACAAUGUCAUUGGGCGUACCAUGGUGGUCCAUGAGAAACGUGAUGACCUGGGUAGAGGGGGAGAUAAUGAGAGCAAAUUAACUGGAAAUGCUGGACCUCGUUUAGCUUGUGGUGUAAUUGGAAUAGCAAAGAGCUAAGUAUUGUACCUGAAAUGCUUAAGAUGAGUGUACUUGCCCUUUCUGCAAGCAAAAGAUUUAUCACUUAAUCUCAUUACUACUCUACAUUCUGAGUAUCAGUUAAACUGGUUAAGACUGACUUAAUUUUGUAUUAUAUAUAUUGCAAUUAAAGUGACCCUGAUGGAAUGUCUCUGUAGUCUUCUGCUAAAGCAUCUACUGAAACCAUUGAGUAUAACUUCACUAUCAGGAACUCCAGUUUACUGUAAUGGAAGAUGUCUCAUAGCCAUCACACCCCAAACACUGAAACUUCUGGUAUGGUGUAGAUUUGGAGGAUUAGCCUUACGAGCUCUAGCAAGACUACUUGGCAAAGAGUGGUGGGCACUGUAUGUACUGAGGCUUCCUCCUGGCAAAGUUGCAGCACUUGUAGGUUUCAAACUUGUGUAAUAAACUUGCUGGGCAAAUACA